CUCUCUCUCCGCUUCGAAGCUCUCUUCCAACUCAACUUGCUCAUUCUCUCUCUGUCUCCUUUCUUUGCAAAAUCGUCUUCCAUUUCCACUGGUCACCAUAACUAGAAGCUUCCUCCAAGCAAUGCGCGUUCUCCGUGGCACUCUCGUGAUUUACAUCGCCAUUGCUGUCCUUUCCGGUAAUCUAAUAUGCGGCGCCCGGGGAAGGCCGCAUUACCACAAGAGAUCGAAAGUUCAAGCGAACCCGCCAAGCGUGCCGUCGGACCCGUACCCGUAUCCGACACCGGGAACCGACCCGGCUCCAGCCCCGGACCCGGUGCCAGGUGAUUCGGAACCCUGCGUGUUCGACGUGACGUCGUACGGGGCGGUGGGAGACGGGUCGUGCGAUGAUACGGCGGCGUUUAGAGCGGCGUGGAAAGCGGCGUGUGGGGUUGAGUCCGGCGUCGUUUUGGCGCCAGAAGGCGGAGUAUUCAAAAUCACAUCCACAAUCUUCUCAGGGCCGUGUAAACCGGGACUCGUAUUUCAGGUGGACGGGGUGGUGAUGACUCCGGACGGACCGGAGGAGUGGCCGGAAGCGGACAGCAAGAAGCAGUGGUUGGUGUUCUAUAGACUGGACGGCUUCCGUCUGAAGGGGAAAGGGACGAUCGAAGGGAAUGGCCAGAAGUGGUGGGACCUACCUUGCAAGCCUCACCGCGGGCCGAAUGGAUCAACAGUCUCCGGACCAUGUGACAGCCCUGCCAUGAUAAGGUUUUUCAUGAGCAACAACAUAGAGGUGAGAGGGGUGAGGAUAGAGAACAGCCCGCAGUUCCACAUGAAGUUCGACGGAUGCGAGGGAGUCCACAUCAACGAGCUCCAAAUCUCGUCCCCAAAGCUAAGCCCCAACACCGACGGCAUCCACAUCGAGAACACCAGAUCCGUCUCCAUCUACAACUCCCUUGUCAGCAACGGGGACGACUGCAUAUCCAUUGGGCCUGGAUGCUCUGACGUCGACAUCGACGGUGUGACAUGCGGCCCCAGUCACGGCAUAAGCAUAGGGAGCUUAGGGGUGCAUAACUCGGAGGCAUGCGUACGGAACAUAACAGUGAGGAACGUGGCGAUAAGAGAGUCGGACAACGGGCUGAGGAUAAAGACGUGGCAGGGUGGAACCGGCUACGUCGGGCAACUCCUGUUCGAGAACAUAGAGAUGGAGAACGUGAGGAACUGCAUCAUCAUCGACCAGUACUACUGCAUGUCCAAGGAGUGUCGGAACGAGACAUCGGCUGUCCGGGUGGACGGGAUCGAGUACCGAAACAUCAAGGGCACUUACGACGUGAGGAGCCCGCCGAUCCACUUUGCGUGCAGCGACACGGUCGCAUGCACGAACAUAACCAUGUCGGAGGUGGAGCUCUUGCCGGAGGAAGGAGAGCUCGUCGACGAUCCUUUCUGCUGGAACGCUUACGGCACACAGGAGACGCUCACCAUCCCUCCCAUCUCCUGCUUGCUCCAAGGCUUCCCCCCCUCCUCCCAGUUCUACUCCGAUCCCUCCGACUCCAACCUCACCUGCUGAUCCUGCCGGAAAAAUCCUUAAUAACACACAUAUGACCUAUAUGAUUACAUUCUCCUAUACAUAUAUAUAUGUACGUAUGUAUCUUGUGGUAGAUGGGUUGAUUCCUCAACCAAUGAUAUUCUACAAAUGCACGCCAUUUUUGCCCAAUCACUUCGUUUCAUAA